CGACUCAAACCCAACCAAAAAAAUAGAAACAUACCAGUCGCAGUCAAUAUUGGUGAUUCAAUUUACAUCUCUUUUUUCUUAUUCCAAGUGUUUUAGGCGAUUUUUCAUUCACCAUGGCGGCGUCAGUGGAAAAUCGCGAGUUUACUCACCUGAAAUCUGGCAGGAAUAAUGUCUUCGUUAACCACCCGUCUGACUCCCCGCCGCUCCGCGGAUACAACUUACAUUCCAAUUUUCCAACGAAGCAAGUGGUCAUGGAAGAUUCCUCCAGCGAUGAGGACGAGGAGGAGAGCGAGGCCCAAUACGAAUUACGGGAUUUAAUCCGUAAGAGCAAGAACGAUUUGGAACCGUCGAUCAAUGAUCCAAGAGAUGAAGGCACUGCUGACAGCUGGAUCAUUCGCAACCCCAGCAUGGUCCGUCUCACAGGGAAGCACCCUUUCAACUCGGAGCCACCCUUGACUCGACUCAUGCACUACGGGUUCAUCACCCCAGUCCCUCUCCACUACGUCCGUAACCACGGGGCCGUACCCAAGGCCAACUGGGCCGAGUGGUCCGUCGAGGUGACCGGGUUGGUAAAGAGACCGACACGGUUCACGAUGGACCAGCUGGUCAAUGAGUUUCCAAGCCGGGAAUUUGCUGCCACCCUGGUCUGUGCCGGGAACCGUCGAAAGGAGCAGAACAUGGUGAAGAAGACUAUUGGGUUCAACUGGGGAGCGGGUGGUAUCUCGAACUCGGUGUGGAGGGGCGUGCCCCUACGCGCUUUGUUGAAGCGGUGUGGGAUCAUGACACGGAAGAAUAAGGCCCUCAACGUGUGUUUUGAGGGGGCGGAGGAUCUCCCUGGCGGUGGUGGCAAGUACGGUACGAGUAUAAAGAAGGAGUUUGCCAUGGAUCCUUCUAGAGAUAUCAUACUGGCUUACAUGCAGAACGGUGAACUUUUGGCUCCGGACCACGGUUUUCCCGUAAGAAUGAUUAUACCGGGUUUUAUUGGGGGCCGUAUGGUAAAAUGGCUCAGGAGGAUUAUUGUUACUACACCAGAAUGUGAUAGCCACUACCAUUUCAAGGAUAACAGAGUUCUUCCUUCUCACGUUGACGCUGAGCUCGCUAACACAGAAUCAUGGUGGUACAAACCGGAACAUAUAAUAAACGAAUUGAACAUAAACUCAGUGAUAACAACGCCAUGCCACGGGGAGAUCUUGCCCAUUAACUCGUGGACCACUCAGAGACCUUACACGUUAAAGGGAUAUGCGUAUUCGGGAGGAGGAAAGAAAGUGACACGUGUGGAAAUUACAAUGGACGGGGAAGAGACGUGGCAGGUGUGCAAGUUGGACCAUCCUGAGAAGCCCAACAAGUACGGUAAAUACUGGUGUUGGUGUUUCUGGUCUUUUGAAGUAGCGGAAGUUCUCAACCUUUUGGUGGCCAAGGAGAUAGCCGUUCGAGCCUGGGACGAGACCCACAAUACCCAACCCGAGAAGCUCAUUUGGAAUGUCAUGGGAAUGAUGAACAACUGCUGGUUCCGAGUGAAGGCCAGUGUGUGCAAGCCCCAGAAGGGUGAGAUUGGAAUUGUAUUUGAGCACCCCACCCAACCCGGCAACCAAUCGGGCGGGUGGAUGGCCAAAGAGCGUCAUUUGGUGGAGUUUACCGAAACAAACACCACUCUAAAAAAGAGUGUUUCAACACCAUUCAUGAACACCGCUUCUAAGACCUACUCCUUGUCCGAGGUGAAAAAGCACAACUCAGAACAGUCGUGCUGGAUCAUCGUCCACGACCACAUCUACGACUGUACCCGCUUCGUCAAAGACCACCCGGGCGGCGCAGACAGCAUUCUCAUCAACGCCGGCACUGACUGUACGGAGGAGUUCGAAGCCAUCCACUCCGAUAAGGCCAGAAAAAUGCUCGAAGGCUACCGUAUCGGCGAGCUUAUAACUUCCGGUAACGACUCCGGUGGCUCGUCUAAUGCACUCUCCCACUUGGAAACUAUCAAAGAGGCACCGACAAUGAUGACGCGUGCCGUGGCACUAGUCCCGAGGGUGAAAAUCCCAUGCAAACUUGUCGAAAAGACGUCAAUCUCCCAUGACGUGAGAGUUUUCAAGUUUGCUCUUCCUUCUGAGGACCAGGUAUUGGGCCUCCCGGUUGGGAAGCACAUUUUUCUAUGUGCCGCCAUUGAUGAGAAACUCUGCAUGAGAGCCUAUACUCCGACGAGCUCCGUCGACGAAGUGGGCUUCUUCGAGCUCUUGGUGAAGGUCUACUUCAAGAAUGUUCAUCCUAAAUUCCCCAACGGUGGAAUGAUGUCUCAGUAUUUGGAGUCGUUGAGUUUGGGCUCGUUUUUGGACGUGAAAGGGCCAUUGGGCCAUAUUGAGUAUUUGGGCCGAGGUCAGUUUUCAGUCCAUGGUCAACCCAAGUUUGCUAAGAAGCUUGCCAUGCUGGCCGGUGGAACAGGGAUCACGCCGAUUUAUCAGGUGGUCCAGGCCAUCCUAAAGGACCCAGAAGACGACACCGAGAUGUUUGUCGUUUAUGCGAACCGGACCGAGGACGAUAUACUGUUGAAAGAGGAACUGGACGGUUGGGCCCGGAAGUGUGACAGGUUCAAAGUGUGGUAUGUGGUCGAGAGUGCUAAGGAAGGGUGGGAAUACAGUACGGGCUUCAUCACGGAGGGUAUCCUGAGGAAGCACAUUCCUGAAGGGUCCAAUGACACGCUGGCAUUGACAUGUGGACCCCCUCCGAUGAUCCAGUUUGCUGUGCAACCCAAUUUGGAGAAGAUGAAUUAUGAUAAGGAUUCAUUGUUGAUCUUUUAGAGGGAAAAAAAUAAAAUAGUAUAUAUAUAUAUUAUUUUUGUGUGAUGUAAUUGUAUUCUAGACUUUUGGUAAUUGCCUAUUUUUUUCUUUUUCACGCGUAAGUAUAUGUACAUAAAUGUAUUAAAGUUCAUUAUAUUUUAAUGCAAAACAGUCAAUUUCGUUUUUCCA